AUAUGCCCUAGGAAAUUUGGAUGACUAAAUCAUACACCUUCUGUUCUUCAAGCAAUCUAGCUAUUACUCUCUAAUGGAAAUUUUAACUGAAGAUGAAAGAAAGCAUAACAUCAAUACGGAGCUUUACUAUUGAUUGAUGAAGCAAGAACAAAAUGAAGUUAUACAACUCUGUCAAAAACUCCAAGAAGGGCCAUUGCAUAUAUUAUCCGUGCACGAUGACACAGUCCUCCAUGUGGCUGCCUACUCUAAGCAAACAGAUUUGGUUCUCUGUUUACUUAAAGAGUUGGAAACGCGAUUGCCUGAGUUUCCUCUAGAUGGACUAAUGCAUCGCAAUGAUAUGGAGAAUACCAUUCUUCAUGAAAUAGCCACUUUUGACAGAGUCGAUUCAGCUGCAAAGGUAAUAUUGAAUAGAGCACCUGGUUUACUUGGUAUGCGCAAUAAGAGUGGAGAGACUGCUUUAUUCCGUGCUGUUCGUUAUGGGAAAGCAGUGAUGUUUGAUUUUCUUGAUGAACAAGUGAAUCAACUUUUUGAUGUUUAUGAGAGAGAGGCUUGUUAUUAUAAGCUUGGUGGAGCCACAAUUCUUCAUGCUGCUGUACGCCCUGAGCACUUUGGUUUGGCCUUGUUGAUUGCAAAAAAGUAUGAUUAUUUGGUCAAUGAACGAGAUGCAGAUGGAAUGACUGCUCUUCAACUUCUUGCAUGCAACCGACAAGCAUUUGGAAGUGGAGAGAAGUAUAGUUAUAUCAAGAGAUCCAUUUACACCCGUCUUUCAACUGAACAUAAGGCUACAGAGAGUGAAGGCUAUUUCACGCGAGAAGCACCUCAUCAACUUCACUCAUCAAAUCUUUUCUUUUUUCUUUUUCCUUCGGAAGCUCAAAAUUGUUAUAGAGUGCCUUUGGUGGAGUCUAUGCGUAAGCAAAAGCAGAGAUAUGAACAAGUUCUUGAACUUGCCAAGUUCUUAAUAGCAAAGGAUACUUCUUGGGAGUAUUCAGAGUCUGCAUUAAAUCAGGUCGAACCUCGAUCCCACAAAUAUAGACUAAUGUCAGAUGCUACAAAAUGCCAUGAAAAAGAGGAACAAGAUGUGGUUGCACAAGCAGGACAAGCUGUUACAAAAGUUGCUGAGUCACCUUUGAUAUUAGCAACCAAAUCAGGUUGCACAGAAAUUGUGGAUGAGAUACUGAAAACAUAUCCUCAAGCUGUGGAAUAUGUUGACAGUGAAGGUCGUAAUGUUUUGCACGUCGCGAUCAAGUACCGCCAGAUGCAAAUCUUUGACAUAGUUGAGAAAAUGGGAAUGCCAAUGAGGAGACUCAAGAGAAAAAUCACUCAUCAGGGAAAUUCCAUACUGCACAUGGUUGGUGUAAAAGAGGAAAGUGAAAUUGCAGAUAUGAGAAGCCCUGCACUGCUAUUGCAAGAGAAUUUGCUCUUGUUUGAGCGUGUGAAAAGCGUCUGUUCAGCUGAUUUUUUCGAAAUUAUUAACGAAGAUGGCAAGACGGCGGAAGAGUUAUUCACCAAAGCAAAUGCUACACUUCUUUCAGAAGCAAAAGACUGGCUGAAACGCACUGCCGAGAACUGUACAAUAAUUGCUGUGCUUAUAGCAACAGUGGCUUUUGCAGCAGCCUAUACUAUUCCAGGUGGUCCAAAUCAAAGCACUGGUUAUCCCGUCCUCUUGGACCAGCCAUUCUUCGUGAUUUUCACCAUUGGAGAUGUGCUUUCCAUUACCUUUGCUUUGACCUCAAUGAUAACCUUUCUCUCAAUUCUUACCUCUUCAUUUCUGAUGCAUGAAUUCAGGCGGUCACUUCCUCAGAAAUUAAUUCUGGGAGUUACCCUCUUGAUUCUUUCUGUGUCGAUGAUGAUGUUAGCAUUUGCGUCGACUAUAAUCUUGAUGAUUCACUAUAAGGAAAGGUGGACAAAAAUUGCUUUAUCUUCCAUGGCAUUCCUACCUGUGACCAUUUUUGCAGUUUCAUAUUUUCCUCUGUACGUGUCAUUAUGGAAAAACUUCAACUACUCAUUAAGGAAAUUAGCCAGGGCUUUUCCUAGGUGCAAGACUAUAUCAGGAAGGCCUCGCGAUUCCCCUUUGCCAAGCUCUUCCAGUCACCAUCAGUCUGAAUCUACUAAAUUUGGCAUUUCCACAUCCUAUUAUUAGUAACUGAAUAUGUGAUAGUUGUUCUGUUUGUGAGAUAAAGGAGACUUAUGUCCACUCAAGAGUCUUCACAGUAGUUUUUGUAUCCUUGAAAUGUAUUAUAGUAGUAGGGGUGUGUGCCCAUUGAAUGUAUGUUUAAGUCCUCAAUUGUUGAAGCAUAUGUGAUAGUUAUCAAGUUUAAUUAUCUAUGCCAAACUCAUUUUUAUUUGGCUUUCUUGGAA